AUGGGUAAAGUAAUAAUAUUUGGAGCAACAUGUUUAGCCAUACUUUUUAUGGGAGUUACAGCUUCUAGCUUUCGUACUACAAUUACCAUAGCUGAAAACCCAAGGGAACAAAUGUCUCAACGUUGCCAAAUGGAAAUGCAAAGGGCACAGAACUUACGUUCUUGUGAAGAGUAUUUAAGACAAAGUACAAAAUUUACUGAAGAGGGAAGAUAUAUGGAUCAACAAAGUGGAGACUGGCGCCAAUCAUUCCCAAGGUGCUGCGAGCAAAUGGAGCAGAUGCAAGACGAGCAAUGUCGGUGCGAGGGAAUAAAACAAGUGAUGCAGCAAGAGCAAGAGAGAGGAGAAUUAGAGGGAAGAGAAAUGCGUGAGGCUUGUAAAACUGCACAGAGCCUUCCUGGUUUAUGCCGCAUGAGUCCUCACCAAUGCCAUAAUAUUCCAACUCCAACUUUCUAUUAA